AUGUGCACCAGCGAUUGGCGGCGUUGUCAAUGGGCAGCACAAGCUUCAACUGUUCCACUGGUCUUUCCCCCUCCAGUCGAAGUUCAGAUGCAAAUUGAAGAAACUCCUCCGGAGCCUACGAAGCUUCGCAAGAGUGGCUUGCCAGACCGACGUCGUCGUGUUCCCGCCAAAUUCGACGAUGCUGCUCCUGCUUUACCACCUCGUGUACGUCGCCAACCAGCUGCCGCGUCGACAGAUACGCCAGAAGCUCAGCUUUUACUGCUGCCUCCGGCCCCGCCGCGCCAAUGGGUUCGAACUCAACCCUCUCUAUUUGGUCUUUACAAGGUCUACCCCCGACGACCAACACAUGACCCAGAUGACGAUGUUACCCUUGACGACCUCUACCUCUUGCCUCGCACAGCAACGAAGUCAACCCCAACGAAUUGCCCCUUCCCAAAGAACCAUGAGGAAAAUCCCGGGUCCAUCUCUGGCUUCGACCGACUCGUUCAUAAUAUCCUCCAGCCUGAUGAUGAAGCUCACUCUGACGGAGUCAAUCUUGCGGACCUUCCUCGACCCAAAUUCUCCACCAAGAAAUUUUUGGAUGAUCUGGAUAAGAACGGAUUUGAACCUCUUGGUGUCAUGGACAAAAAACUGCAGGAGGAGAUCGAUGCUCCCGAGUUCACAGUCACCGACAUCCAUUAUCUCGAUCCUAUCAGAGAGGUGCUUCAAGGACCUUUGUUCGCGAAACUGCACACCACUCCAUUCUCGCUUCGAUUCGACCCAUUGUAUGAUUCGAGAUCACCUGAUGAUGUGUCUCUCGAUGAUGACUCUUCGCCCGAACUCCCAUGGGCUACCUGA